AUGUCCUGGACGAGCACGACAGGGUCAACUACCACCAGCGUGACCAGCAUGUCUGAGACAAGCACGACGUUGUCGACGAGCACGUCGGAGUCAAGCUUGACCACGUUGACGAGCACCAGCGAGACAAGCACAACCAGUGUGACAAGCGUGACAGGGACCAGCGCGACAUCGUUGACAAGCACGACAGGCACCAGCGCAUCAACGCUGACAAGCACCACGGAGUCGAGCACGACCACGUCCUCGAGCACCACAGAGACCAGCACGUCUUCUGUGACGAGCGCGUCGGAGACGAGCUCGACGUCCUGGACGAGCACGACAGGGUCAACUACCACCAGCGUGACCAGCAUGUCUGAGACAAGCACGGCCUCGUUGACGGGCAUGUCGGAGUCAAGCUUGACCACGUUCACGAGCACCAGCGAGACCAGCACACCCAGUGUGACAAGCGUGACAGGGACCAGCGCGACAUCGCUGACAAGCACGACAGGCACGAGCACCUCGACGCUGACAAGCUCAACGGAGUUGAGCACGACCACGGCUUCGAGCAGUAUUGCCGUGAGCAGUGCCACUGCGAGCAGCGCAGCGGGGACGACCUCUAUUGUGAGCACGUCUCCUGCGACCUCCGUUGUUGCUACCACCAGUGUCUCCACCUCUACAGCGACAAGCAGUACCACCGUAAGCAGCACCACUGCAACUGCCGCCGCUACUGUUUCCGCCACCACCGUCUCCACCACGGAGGGUAGUAGCACCACUGGAACGAGCUCCACGGUGAGCACGACAUCUGCGAGCAGCACCGUGAGCACCACCACUGCAACGAGUUCAACCACCACUGCCUCCAAAGCCACCGUCUCCACCACCACGGAGACGAGCAGUGCCACUGCGAGCAGAACCACCAAGACGAGUUCAACGGUGAGUACGUCCCCUGCAAUGUCCACUUUCUCUAAAACCAGCGUCUCCGCCACUACAGCGACAGGCAGCAUCACCACCGUGAGCAGCACCACCACCACUGUUUCCACCAACAGCUUUUCCAUCAGCACCACCAGGACGAGCUCAACCACCACUGCCUCCACGACCACGGAGACGACCAGAACAAUUGUGAGCAGUGCCAGCGCGAGAAGCACCACCAGAACGAGCUACAUUGUGAGCACGACCUCUGCAACGUCCACUUUCUCAAAGACCAGCGUCUCCACAACUACAGUGACGAGCAGCACCACUGCAACGAGCUCAUCCAGCACUGCCUCCAAAACCUCCGUCUCCACCACCACGGGGACGAGCAGCACGACUGUGAGCAGUGCCAGCGCGAGCAGCACCACCAGGACGAGCUCUACGGUGAGCAUGACCUCUCCAACGUCCACUUUCUCGAAGUCCAGCGUCCCCGCCACUACAGCGACAGGCAGCAGCACAACCGUGAGCAGCACAAUUUCAACGAGCUCCACCACCACGGUUUCCACCAAUAGUUUUUCCAUUAUUGCACCGACGAGCAGCACCACCGUGAGCAGCACCACUGCAACGAGCUCAACCACCAAUAGCGUCUCCACCACUACGGAGACGAGCAGUACAACUGGGAGCAGAGCCACCGUGAGCAGCACCACCGACUCAACGGGGAGUGCGACCUCUGCAACGUCCACUUUCUCCAUGACCAGCGUCUCCCCCACUACAGCGUCGAGCAGCACCACCGUGAGCAGCACCACUGCAACGAGCUCAACCACCAUUGUCUCCAAAACUACCGCCUCCACCACCACGGGGACGAGCAGCACAGCUGUGAGCAGUGCCAGCGAGAGCAGCACCACCAGGACGAGCUCCACGGGGAGUGCGACCUCUUCAACGUCCACUUUCUCAAAGACCAGCGUCUCCGCCCUUACAGCGACAGGCAGCAGUACCACCGUGAGCGGCACCAUUUCAACGAGCUCCACCACCACGGUUUUCCUCAACACCUUUUCCACCACCACUACAGCGACGAGCAGCACCAUCAUGAGCAGUGCCAGUUGGAGCGGCACCACCGUGAGCAGGACCUUUGCCGCAAGCUCCACCGUGAGCAAGACCUCUGCAACGUCCACCGCACCGCUCUCCACCACAACAAUUCCAUUCACCGGCGUCUCCCCAGUCACAUCGACGCGCAGUGCCAUCGCCAGCAGCGCCGCCGCAAUGAACUCCACCGUCAGCUCGACCUCGGGCACCUCAAGCACAACCAUUAGCUCACCCAAUUACACGGGAACAUCAGCGACGAGGACGUUCACGCCCAUGUCCACGUCCCCGACGACGGCAACGGCCGUACCCGUCACUUACAGCCCGACGACGCUCUCCACGACGCCUUUGUCCACGGCCUCUUCGUUUUUUACACACAGUGCAGGAUCAACUUUUCUGAUACGCGCGGUGGCAGCAGGUAAUUCGAGCCUGCAUGUGUUGCACACGACGGGUUUCAACAUCGGUGACACCAUUUCGAUCGAUGGUGACGGCAACAGCGAGACGGGAGUAAUUGAUCAAAUCAUUGAGAACAUCCGGGGUUCUCGCGCCUUGUCGGCGUCGACGGGCAGCGGAGUGAUCGUGUUGUUCCACGGCUUGACACACGGUUACCCGGUUGGCUCCAGCGUCAUGGUCCUGAGCACCACUACAGUUACGUCCACGACGCUGGCGAGCUCAACCCCUACGACGACAAGUGCACCAACGUCUGCAACAAGUGCAACAUAUUCGUCCACAGCAACGUCCCCACGCGCCUCGAGCACAUUUACCUCCACGUCCACGACAGUGGAAUUGCUACCACCAGGUUUUCACGACAUAAUCAACGUGGACGUCGAAAUCAACCUCGACAUUAACGUCAACGCCAACAACGUCGUCACCACCACGACCACCACCACCACCACCAGCACAUCUGUGGGUUCCAUCGCUACACAUAUCACGUUUACGUCCACAUACACCGCCUCCGCGACCACGAUCACGUCGGUGACCUCCGCGAAGGAGCCAUUAGCAUUCACGUACACAUCGACGUCCACAUCUUCGCCCACACACACAUCUCACACGAGAUUGUCAUCGAUCACGCCCACAUUCACCACCUCAUAUGCAAGCACACACAUGGUUACAUCUGGGUUCACAUCUAGUUCUGCGUCCACAACAGUGGCCACAACCAUACCGCCCAACUACAGCCCGACGACACCCUGCCCGACGCCCACCACCACGACCACCACGACCACGAGCACAUCUAUGGGUUCUAUCGCUACACAUAUCACGUCUACGUCCACAUACACCGCCUCCGCGACCACGAUCACGUCGGUGACCUCCGCGAAGGAGUCAUUGACAUUCACGUACACAUCGACGUCCACAUCUUCGCCCACACACGCAGUUCACACGAGAUUGUCAUCGAUCACGCCCACAUUCACCACCUCGUAUGCAAGCGCACACAUGGUUACAUCUGGGUCCACGUCUAGUUCUGCGUCCACAACAGUGGCCACAACCAUACCGCCCAACUACAGCCCGACGACACCCUGCCCGACGACCACCACCACGACCUCUUCGUUUAUGGCACAUGAUACAUGGGGGUCGACUAUAACGAUAGCCGCGGUGGCAGCAGGUGAUUCCGGCCUGCAUGUGUCGUCAACGUUGGGUUUCAAUAUCGGCAGCACCAUUUCGAUUGAGGGUGACGGCAAGAGCGAGACGGGAGUAAUUGAUCAAAUAAUUAACAGCAUCAGGGGUUCCCGUGCCUUGUCGGCAUCGACGGGCAACGGAGUAAUCGUGCUGUCCCACAGCUUGACAAACGCUUACCCAGCUGGCUCCAGCGUCAUGGUCUUGAGCACUACCACAGUUACGUCCACGACGUUGGCGAGCUCAACCCCUAUGGCGGCAACGGCGUCAACGCCUUCUGCGACGGCAGGUUCCGAGUCCACCACGCAGAUGACCACGUCCGCCAUCACAGGCUCCACAUCUUUGAGCACGGGGACCGCGACGUCAACGACGGCCGCAGUCCCUCGCGGCGUGGAAGUGCCUCAGCUGGGCGAGGAUGACCCCGUGGUGGCAUCCAUGCUCGUGGUGGGUGUCCUCAUAGGUGCCCUGGUCGGUCUCCAGGUCCACCUCUACCGUGCCGUUCGCAGGCGCCAUCGCGGGCAGCGGGCCGUGGCCCCUGGGGGCGGCGCUGGGGCUCCUCCCGAGAAAGAGGAGCCCGCAGGCUCUCUGUUCCUUCGCAGGCCUCAGCCUCACUUCAAGGUCCCCCCUCUGGCGCGCGAGUCCGACCUGUAUCUGGAGGACAUGGAGGACAGCCUCUUUCAGGCGGCGUGGAGCGGAGUGGAGCGGUGGGCGCACGUGGUCCCAGGCGUCGGCGUGGACCACCUCUCUGCCUCCGACGACCCGUCUGCACCACUUGACUCGCUCUGCAUCGCCUCGAUGUCGCCCGACGACUUCGUGGCGCCCGACGAUCGGAAGCUGCGAUUCAAACGGCUCUGCGACGCCAAAUCGCUGCUGCUCAACUACGAAAGCAGCCGUGGCGCUCCGGUGGUUCCUAGCUUCGACAGUGGGGGCGCAGCCGGCCAGGCUCUCGCCUGUGCUCAGGGGCGCGGCAAGGGGGCGCGCAAGGGCACGGCGGUUGCCAGCCGCGCUCUCGUGCAGUCCGCCCUGGACGAGGCCGCGCCCGAGCGUGUCGAGUUGUCGCGGGCUUCCCGCCCUGGAAGCUCCGCGGGCCCCUGCGACUCGGACUUUGAUUCCGAGGGCCCCGCGGAGGUCCGCGCCUUUCUGGCGGAUCGGAUCUCGGACGAGGCCUUGCACGGAAUCGCCCAGGCCGCUCAACGGCCUGUGUCGUCUGAGCAGGACGCGUCCGCGGAGGUCGAGGUGAUCGCGCGGGGCGUCGUGGACGCGACGGGCGACUUCUUUGCGGUGGCGCGCGCUGACACCGUGGCCCCUUGA